AUGUGGUUUUCUACCGUAUUGGAUGUGUUGACCAAGGAGAAAGUUGAUUUUGUUGUGGCAGUGUUAUAUCAUGUUUGGAGGGCCCGAAACUCAGCAGUCUGGGGUGCAUUACCGUUGCCGCGCAGGACACUAGCCACGGCGUCAGCUACGCUCGGUGCUUGGAGAGGCGUCCAUGCUUUAUCCCCUGCCGUCACUGCCACCGUAGCUGCUGUCGGAGGGAUUAUGCAUGCCCAUCCACACCACGCAACAUGUUACUUCGACGCCAGUUAUCACCCUUCCACCAUGAAGGCCUCGUUCGGUGCGACUUUGCUCACGGCUGGCGGCGCCUUUAUUGCAGCUUGCUCAGGGCCACUUCCGGACUGCUUCUCCCCACUAAUGGCGGAGGCUGCUGCUUACAAGGAAGCUUUGUCAUGGCUGCGUGGAAGGGGACUCGCGGAGGUGGCUCUUUCGACAGAUUGUGCACAGCUUCGGACUCAGAUACACUCUACGGUUGCAUCCUUUUCAUACGUUGGUCUACUGCUCGAUGCAUGUAGGGCGGCAAUGUCCACGUUUAAUUCUUGCAUUAUUAGUUUGAUUCCAAGAUCAGCAAAUGUUAUUGCACAUACUCUUGCUUCUGCAUCCGGUUCUCAGGCUAACAUUUUGUACUAG